AUUUUCUCGUGCCGAGAAGGCGUAUGUUUCAAAGUGAGCGAACUUUACGGCACAGUUUUGUUAUUGCGAUUGAGCAGCAAUGUUUUUAAAUCUGUUUCAUUCGAGGCUCGUGACAGCCUACGACAGCUGAGUUCGACAGUCUUCCGGUACAUCGUCCGUGGUUCUAGAUAAGAAGACAGCCGAGCAUCAAGUGACGUCAGACGGUGACACGUAAAUGGCGAAGCUUCGGACGGCCUGAAGCCCAACGAAAAAAAAAAAAACGAAAUCUCGUGUAGUGAAAAUAGAAGAUACUUCGUUGUGAACCACGCAGUGCUGGUGUGGACAGCGAAAUUCAGUGACGUCACCAACAAGGCAGCAUCCACGUUUGUUUCGCAGAAAGAAGCAACGUUGUGCUCGUGGUUGACUCAAAUAAUUGAUGGAUGGUUGUGAGGUUGCUACUGCUCGUGACGAUUGGAAUGUUAAAAACAAUUUUUUGUGAUUAUUCUGUUAACUGAAAAAGAAAACUUCAUUAUUAUUUCCAGGUGAUACCUCUGCCCCCUUUCUACUUAGCUUGAAAUAUUCAAAAAUAUUUGGGGUGUGUUGUUCUCCACAUAUUCUGUUUACGGAAGAUAGAUUGAACCUGUUGAGUUAGCCCAUUGAAUCUGCCUGAUUACUAUUGCACAACGUAGGGGAGUUUUUUUUUAGUGAGUUCAUUACACAUGGGUUUAGAGAACCUAAAGCUUGAGUUUUACGCUGCGUUGAGUGUUUAGUACGGCGCGUAUGUGAUGAAACACCAGGUCGAACCACGGAAAGGGACAUCGAUACCAUCUUGCGAAGGAGCGAUCAGCUAGGGUUUUCUUGUUGAUAUCUCCGGAGCCACGUUCACUGUGUAGCGAUGGAAGACUUUCUCAGCUUGGACUUCGACAUGUCCGACUGCUCGUGGAAGCUGUGGGACGGCAUCGAGCAGGAACCGUGUAAUUUCGAUGGCCUCCUGGAGCUGGACUUCGUGUCUGACCUGGGUCUGUGCACGUCUUCUUCGGAUGACACGUCACUGGGUUUGUCUUCCCUCCUCGAGAUACCACCUGUCCUGACGAACGACUGCUGCGAACCGCAGCUUCAAGUGCCAUUGCCUGAAGGCGAGGAAUACCCGAGCCCAGACUCUUGUGACGUGGCCGUGAUGGAAGCCGCGCCUCUGGACGUCUACGACGUCACCACUCCAGCGUUUACAAAAGCAAGGAGCCAAGCGAAGGCCACGUCGCGUAACGCCGCCAGGGAACGCAGCCGAGUGAGGAGCCUUCGAAGCGCUUUCCAGGCCCUGCAGAGUUCACUGCCGUCGGUGCCUCCGGACACGAAGCUCUCCAAGCUGGACAUAUUGGUCUUGGCGUCCAACUAUAUUGCACACCUGGGCGCUCUGCUUUCAGAUGACGAACAGCCACAGAGCGAUGACAGUUCUGCUGACGACUCUCCAGGAAGAGAAGCUGAAUCAUCGAACAGUCGGAGCUAUCUGCACCCCGUCAAGAAGUGGCCUAUGCGUUCUCGCCUCUACGCUGGUGCCAAGCCGUACGCAGACGACAGAAGCCGACGACAGGCCGGCGACUUUGCGACGAUGAAGAAGUCUUCGAAGAACGCCUGGAGGCGCCAGGAGUCGAGGACGUAGGCGACUUGCGACGAGCAGCGCGUGCCAAUGAAAUGUCUAUUGCAGCUGUGCGUACGAUGAUGCUGUUCGAACCCGUUGGCCCGAAGGCACUUUCGGGGACCAUAAACGUGAAUUCGUGCGAGCUAAACAAUGAGGUACUCCAGGCUAACUACGUAUUAAAGAUUACCGCCUAUCUGA